AUGAUUCGGGGUUUCCUCAGAUUUGAUUCUGUUCAAGGCCUUGACCGCAGAGAAGAAGAAAUGAGUCGAUUUUUCCAUCUUGUUGUAAUUCUAGUCUCCUUCCUGUAUCAAAGCAUAGCCACUGCCAGACAAGACCUCCACACUUUUCUAUCAAAGGAUGAGUUGAGAAGAUAUUUACAAACAGAUUCCUACGAAACAGUUCCAGAAUACGAUGUCGUUAAAGUCCAUAAUCACAGAAGUAAGCGAAAUGAAUUUUCCACAAAGCAGGACUACAGGCUGUCAGCAUUUGGAAAAGACUUUGCACUGACGCUGCAACCGAAUGAUGACGUCAUUCCUGACACGGGACUGCCAAUAGAGAGGCGAAAAAGAGACGGUGUGGUUGUCAAAGAGAUCCAUCAUCCACAUGGAAGAUUUUAUGAAGGCCAAUUGACUUCGGAUCCAAAUUCCCAUGUUACUGUGCGGGAGACUGAUAAAAAGGGCCAACUGAGCGGUGCUAUAGUGAGUGAUGGCCAUCUGUACCACUUAGAACCUCUGCCAGAUCAUCUUCACCGACGAGCGGUAUUACAAGGACCUGGGUACCAUGUUAUUUCCAAAAGAAGCGCUCGAGAUCUGCCAAACCAAAAAUUUAUGUCGACUCAUAACAAAGAGGGGACACAAGAACACGAGGAAGUCCAAGAUGAUCAGAGUGAGACGGAAAAGACCAGGAUGAAACGUGACGACGUUUAUAAAGGCAACAUAUACAUUGAGGCCAUGCUUACCGCUGACAAAACAACCUGUGAUUUCUAUGGCAACGAGACACUUGACUACCUCCUGAAUAUUGCUAACCUGGUCAGUCGGCUUUACAAGGAUAAGUCCAUUGGAAUGCCAGUGUCAUGGGUGCUCACGAAAGUCUUCCUUAUUGAAGGGUUUGACCCAGACUUGGACUUUGCAGCAAACAAUAUACGUUCUGCAGGAUCGUACUUUUGGAAAUACAAAAGUUGGACCUUGAAUAGGAACACUGCAAAUGGUAAACAAGAACAUUAUGAUAUUGCUGCCUUGCUUACAAGGAGCGUAUGUGGUCUGAACAGCUGCUCUAUCAAUGGGGUCGCAAACAAGGGGCUUUGUGGCAAAUACCCUGGCGUUAGCAUAAACGUGGCUAUUGGACUCGGUGCAGCGUACACUGUGACACACGACAUGGCUCACAAUAUCGGCUUAGGGCAUGAUACUGGAGACUGCCACAAGAUGGGAGCAAUCAUGCACAGGCAACAAGCCUAUGGCCCCAAAGCAUUCCACUGGUCCCCUUGCAGCAUGAAUCAACUGAAACAGAGGUUUACUAAAAAUAUGACUAACACACUGUAUACGAGCUCAGAUAUCAUAGCUUGUGAGGGAAGGUGCGGAGCUCUUUUCUGUGAAAGAAAAGGAGGCAGCUGUUUCAGUAGGUCUUCACCGAUCGCCGAGGGAACGUUAUGUGGCGUCAAGAAGAUUUGCCUAGCCGGACAUUGCAGACAUGAACCAAGAGUACCACUGCCUAUUGACGGGGGGUGGGGCUCUUGGGGACCGUAUGAAGUUUGUACACGAACUUGUGGGGGAGGGGUGAGAUACCGCAGUCGACAGUGCAACAAUCCUGUACCUAAAUUCUAUGGAGAAACGUGCGAGGGAUCCACCAAAGGUCACUUCGAACUGUGUAACACUCAGGAGUGCAGUGUUGAUCGUUUUCGUCAUCACCAAUGCGAAGCACACAACACGGAUAGUACAAAAUACCAUCCUCACUUUUUAGGAGGAAGUAGCAAGUGUACUUUGGCUUGCGUGACUGGGAGUCGAGGAGAUUAUUUUGGUGACGUCAAGGAUGGGACCCGAUGUGAAGGGAAUAAAAAUGUGUUUGAUGUCUGCAUUGGAGGAAAAUGUGUGCCGGUCGGUUGCGACAAGAAACUAAGAUCAGGAAACGUAUUCGAUCGAUGUUUGAAUUGUGGAGGGAACGGUGGAACGUGUGUUCUGGUGACGGGGACGUAAACAAAGAACUAUCGAGUAUAUGGUCGCAACAACGGAGACAUCAUGUUCACCAUUCCAAAAGGAGCUACAAAUGUCCAGAUUCAGGAGAGUAACAAAUCUAUCAACUUCCUG